AUGAGUACCAAUUCAAGCGAUGAAUCCCCCAGGCAGAUCGAGAAGGGCGAAGAAACAGAAUUGAAAAGACCACCUUCCAACAAUAGAGAAGUCAAUAUCAAGACAGGUGCAGGUUCUCUCACAGAUGAGAAUGUGGGGCAAGGCAGCACUCCACCAGAAAGACGUGAGCAAUUGCAGCGAUCAUCCAGUCGCUCUCCAAACGGGAAACAUAGCAGUUCCAGGCAUCUGUCGUCAAGGCGUUCGUCUCAUGACAAGGACAGGACUCGACCUUCUGAAAGGAAAUCGACUAAGUCUUCUGGUGACAAGCACAGCAGUUCCAGACAUCUUUCGAGUUCAUCUUCGAAUGACAAGCAGAAUCGUUCUGAAAGGAUAUCAAAGGACGGUUCGUAUGAUAGGCGUCGCGAUUCUAGAAGGAGUUCAAAUAGGUCUUCGCGUCGAAAGCAUAUGUCCGAGCGGGAAUUAAGCACGCCUCAACAUAAAAGGAAAAGCAGUUUAGAAGGGGAACCUGGAGUACCCUACUAUGACAGGCAAUAUGAUUCUAAAAGGAAGUCGAGCAGGCAUCUGUCUGAAAAGAACAGCUCUGAGCGGGAAUUACGCAGGUCUCCGCACAAAUGGAGUAGCGAGCGGGAAUUAAGCAGGUCCCACAGAAGGAGUAGCGAAAGCAAUCAGCGGCUCUCAAGCCGUAGAUUUGACACGAAGUCUUGCACAAAACCUACGUCGGACCACGUUGAGAGGGAUAUACAUGAACGAAGACGCUCCAAGGGAAGUAGUCCACAUCCAAGGAGUCAGCGGGAUGGAGAUGAUCCAUAUCAUCAUUCAAUUGCUAGUCCCCCUUUUAGCACUGGUCAGGAUCUUAGAAGUGCCAUUUUGCUAUAUGAAACAGAUGACACAGAUGCCAAGGCGAAAGAGAAAUCACGGAGAGGAGGUUCCGAACGUGUCGUUACUCCAGGAAUUGAACAUACAUCUAGCAAUAGCAGUGCCGCCGUCAGUAUGUUGUAUGGAGAUAACACAGAUACUGAUGCCAAGGCGAAAGACAAAUUACGGAGAGGAGGUUCCGAACGUGUCUUGAAUCCAGGAAUAGAACAUAUCUCCAGCAAUAGCAGGGCCGCCGUCAGUACGUUAUAUGGCGAUGACAAGGAUGCUGCUGCCAAGGCCAAAGCAAAAGCGUCCAGAAGCGGUGGAGCCGCGAUGUUCAGUCCAUCAGCGGGUACCAACAGUAGUACUAAGAGUAUUGCAACUAUCAAUACCCUAUAUGGACAAGACGAGGAUUUCAAAGCCAAGGCAAAAGCAUCUCGAGGCAGCUCAGAACUGGCGAGUAUCCCUGGUGUGGAGAGCAUAGCCCUCAAUAGCACGCAUACAUCUGUCAGUACGCUAUAUGGAAAUGAAGCAGAUUCCAAGGCAAAGACAAGGGCAGCGAGCGGAGGCUCCGAGAUAGCAAGUAACCCAGGUGUUGAGAGUGUAAACUAUGACGAAAGUGUUGCCAGCACUGUUGAUACACUAUAUGGCAACGAUGAUGACGUUAAAGCCAAAGCAAGAGCAUCACGAGGUACUCCGAAAUUUGCGUCCAGCCGGGGCAUGGGAAAUGCAGCGACUGGCAUGCCAUCUCUUACUGAAAGCAUUCCGGCAGAGAGCGUGAGUUCUUCAGAAAAUGAUGUUGAAGAACCAGUUGCAAGAAGGGUGUCUAUUGGAAGCACAGAAUCUGGACGUUCAAGAAAUUCCAAUCCGGAACGUGAGAUUGAUUGUGGGGCAAAUGGUGUCCCUUCAGCGGCUAUGGGUGCUUUACAAAUACCGAAUGAUCCUAAUGCAGCCCGAGUACAGGAUCCCGACAAAAAGAAGGGAGCUGAAGAGGAAAAAGAAAAGUCCAAAAAGAAACCUUUUUUGUUGUUCUUUUCACUUCUUUUUCUGAUUGGCGGAGGAGCAGCGAUUUGGUACUUUCUUUUCAGAAAUGGUGACACUAGCAACGAAAAUCCUCAGAUCAACCCAUCCAACAUUCAAGAUCCGAGCAGUGCACCUUCGCCACCUGGCCUCGCAACCGUGACGCCUGUGGUUCCACUAGCUAGUAGCAGCCCAUCAAUGUUCCCUAGCAGUUUGCCAACAAAAGGGAUGUUGUAUGAGCGUCUAAACGAGUCAGAUUGUGAAGCAAUCGCCAGAAACCAAACAAUCUCAGGUCGAGAGCAAAAGGAAAACGCCAAUUUCGGGUUAGAUUUAGAGGUUGUGCUUUCUGAUAACGCCACCAUGACAGAACCAUUAGUAGAACAGUUAUUGGAUGCAAUUCAAGAGAAGAUUCUUCCUUCUUUGGCAGGCUGCUCCAUCAUCGUGGACAGGUUCUUGGAGGAUUGGCGUUUUGUGAUUUUCGAUGCUUUUGUGAAAGGCAGUGUGCAACCUGAAGAAACAUGCUAUGAUGCAGAAUUGCAAGGCCAAAACUGCCAUCGGGUCUAUGCGGAGCUGGCUCUUUUUCUGAAAGGCAAAGUUAGGUUCCUAGACAUCAUUCGUUUGAUAAGUGAUGAGAAGGAUAAUUUCUCGAAUGAUUUGGGACUAUCCGAUCAGUUUCUGUUUGUGAAUUUGUUUCGGGCCGAGGGGCUGACACCUACCGUUCCCCCCACAAUGUUACCAAGCAAUACACCGAGUUUGACUCCUAGUCAGGCUCCAACAGGAAAACCAACUCCGACCCCGACAUCUGUUGCGUCGAAAGCUCCGACAAUUUUCCCUACAGGGGAGGGUUCAAGAUCUCCAACUCUGGUACCGAGUUUGGAACCAUCACUGAUGCCUAGUACAGGGAGUCCAUCUUGGAAUCCCUCUUUGCAACCAACAGAAGUACCGACGGAGAGCCCGAGUGCGGAGCCAAGUUCCGUUUUCUCAAGGUCGCCAACUUUGCUUCCAACGAGAGAUCCAAGUGGAAGACCGACUAUGAAUCCAUCAACGGCACCAACGGCAAGACCAAGUAAACCUCCAACGAUGGCACCAAGUCCACAACCGAGUGCAGUACCUACGUCUGUUCCAAGUGCACCGCCCACUGCUUCUCUAGUUCCUUCCGUGAAGCCAUCGUCUAUACCUAGUUUGAUUCCAAGUUUAGAGCCCUCAAGAUUGCCAUCCAGUGCUCCAAGUUCCCAGCCUUCAGUGGCAACUUUUUUCUGGGCUCCCUGUGGUCGUGUGGGACGCUGUUCUCCAGCUAGUAGUGUCCAGAACUCGAACUAUAUUAGGUUCAAUGGAACCCCAGCAGGGAGACAGAUAGGUAUUCGCUGUUGCUCGGACAUUGCGCUGCCGCGGUUUAGGCAAAAUGGUGCCACUUGUCCAUACGCCGAUUCGGAAAUUGAUGGAGUAUGUUACGACAGUGUGACAUGGUUCGAAGCGGUGACGUUGUGUUCAAGCAUUGGAGCACGUUUGUGUACCAAAACAGAAUUGGAAGAUAACUGUACGAGAGGAACAGGCUGUAAUCACGACAAUAGAUACUCUUGGUCUAGUACCCCAGGUCCUUGA